GAUGGUGAUGUUUUUCCUUCCUCUCCUUCCGUUCUUCUGUUGCGCAGUCGUUCGUUUUUGAUGCUGGAUGGGCAUGAUGAAUUGGUCAACGAGGUGAAGACAGUCAGCUAUAUUGCAUAGGCAUUUCAUUUUCUAUGCUAAUUGGCUCUACGCGCGCAAUUUUGAGCCGAAUUAUCGAUCAUGCAAUACACCGCCCAUCGCCUAGCCCGACAUAUCGAAGAUUAUGCUAUGACUGGUACAACAUGAGCAACACGGGACCGGCCAGUAGGCCUACUGAUCCAGAUGCCCUGGUCCUAGGGGCCUGGGGUCAGGGCCUAAUGGUGGGAUCGUUGGUAGUCAUGGCAGCCUUGACAAUUGCCAAUAUGAGAAAGGGCGUGCUACUCCACAAGCUGAUUCUGGCAGAGUUAAUUCUCGCCACUCUUCAUGGAACCUGGAUAUUCACCACCUUCCCCGUAUACGGAUGGUUUCUGGCUACGACUGCAAUCUUGCUCUUUGCCUCUUGGUCGCUGCACAAUGUCAUUGCGUGGAUGAAAAUCCGGCCGUUCCUAUCGCGUCGGUUGUCAGUAUUCUAUAUCGGCACGGUGUGUCUAGUUCAGCCGUUCUGGAUUGUGGAUACAUAUUCGAUCUUUGCGUUCUAUAAUAAUGUCGGCGCCACUGAGAUUUAUCUUAAGAUAAGGCCGUGGGAGGCUUUGUUUCGUGAUCCUUGGUGGCUUUGCACGUUCUGUCUGCUACUAUACAUCAUCAACAAGAUAUACAACAUCAGUUUUCUCGAACUGAUUCGCAUUAGUCCUCGUGUCGGAGUCAUGCUAUUUUCCAUGUUUGCAUCUCUUGUCUUUAUUUUGUUGGACAUAUUAAGCGUUACUGGCGUUAUGGACCUGGGCCUUGCAGCCGGAAUAGAACCAUUUUGGAAGGUAUUUUUUUUUUCUCUAUCGGCUAGCAUGGAUUUUAACUGACGAAGCAGCUAUCGUUCAUUUUCAAAUAUCUCAGUGACAUCGUCAUUUUGGACGAUUUCAAAACCGCCCUUGACCGUAUACGAGCAUAUCGCCUGAGCCAAGCAAACGCAACUCGUAGCCUGAGAGCACCCAAUGAAUAUAGCGGAAGUGGCGGAAACCGUCGUGAUACCUUAUCGGAAGCAUUCGAUGAUAUUGAGUCUGGAAUCGAGCUUUCACCUAUGCAAUAUCCCAGCUCGGCAGCCACAGCGUCCUCGCAUAUUGAGGUUGAUAAUCUUUCACAGCGUCACUUGCAUGUUCAAGCGGGUAGUUCUGAGAACCCUCAUGGAAUAUCAAGUACCUAGUCAAGCUGUAUUGCUCGGGUUUUGGCAAUGGAAACACUUUCAGAAAAUACUAUCUAUAUCAAACAUGAAUACAUGAGAGAUUAACACAAUUCAC